GUCGCGAAGGCCGUGUGGCCACACCGAAGCCACCUCCCCUUCUGUCCCCUUUUGUUCAGUUCCCGCAUCCCCUUUCCAUAGUACUCGAACAUCUUGCACGUCCCAGUAAAUCCCCUGCCCUGUGGACGCCAUCAUGGACAUGCCUUACUCUUCUCGAACUGUACAACUGAGCUCGCUCGAUCCCCCGGGCACGCAACGCAAGCUCACCAUCCCGUUCGCGUUUACCAAGCAAAGACCAGAUCGUUGCAAACUCCUGAAGGCAUUCCCUCAUAUGAAGCCGUUCGAUACGCUUCCACGUCUUCUUAUACCGAGCAGUCGUUAUGCAUGGCGGCCGCCUCGCAUGUUCUAUGCUUGGCCCGCUCCGCAAAAGACCAUGCUCGACUUCGCAAAGAAGCACAAACUAGUCAAAAGGGCUCGUGGCGGGAUCAAUCUCCACUGGACGUUGAGGAGAGCACUCUGUGCGAUGAUCAGGACCGACGACUUAGCCCAAGAUAUCAGUCCAGACUUUCUCUAUCUUCGCGGAUCGCUCGUCGGGGCGAAGGAUGGCAUAACGUUACUCGUAGCGCUUUAUUCGAACUAUGACGUGAAGCGCGGGGAUAUCUUGUCCGACGAGACAGUUGAGAAGAUACGGGAGCGUUUGGGUGUUGAGGGUCGACCGAAGUGGUAUCUGGAUUGUUGCGAUGGGAUUUGGGAGGAACGGUGAAUAGCUCGCAUGGCUAUCAU